AUGCUCAACUAUCAACUUCAAAUGGAGUUCUCUCAAAAGGAAGAAAAUAAUUCAAAUGAAGGUUUCUUCACUACUUUUCAAAAGAUGCAUGGGGAAUUUCGUAAUUCCAAAAAGUUGGGGGGGGUCAAAUGGAUGUUAACCUGAUUCCCCCCUCCUUGCAAGUUGCAACAUACAGGCAUUUGAAUAGCCAUUUCAUAUAUCCGCGCCAAACAGUAGUCCAAAGAGGAAGAAGAAGAGAUGGCAGUAACAUGCUUUGUGUUGGAUCUAUGCAGUCUAUCGCCUCCAUUGCUUAGAGACCUAAAGCAGUUUCCUUUUUUGAUUCAUUGAUCGACGGAGUUGUGGAUUGUGGUCAGUGCUUGUUGCAGCUUGCAAAUUUGUGUGCUAUUUCAUCGCCUUCGUCGUCCCGGCAUCAAUCUUACUCUCUCAGAGAUAGGAUAGGCUUGUGUUAUGUCUUGAAAAAUCGUGUUUCCUCAACUUGUGAGCUAAAAAUCGCAUAUAGUCCUAGAGGAAAUUUCAGUCUUCGCGAUUUCCAUCAUGCCGUUAACAGCGUGCCUGAAGGUUAUUUCUUGCCUGAAAUCGAUGAUUCUGGGGCUCUCCGGUCGGGCGUGCACGCUAUGUUAUCAACUGUUUUAAGUGAUCAAGUUCUAUACUCAUGGGGAGAUAAAGAUUUGAUGAGGAAAGUGAUUGUUCUGAGCUCCUGCUGGCAUGAGAAAAUAGACUCUGCCAUGAAAAACACUCUCAUGCAGGAUGCUGCAGAUAAGUGUGUUUCAGUGGAGUUUGUUUUGUUUGAACAAAGCGCAAGUCAUCUCAGCUAUUCGCAGGAGAAUAUCAACUGCUUGGCAAGAAGUUUAUCUGAUCUUGACAAUUGCUCGUUUCAGACUUUUCUCCCAGACAGCAGAGUAUUUCAUAGUCUGGUGAAACGAUGGCUACUGGGAUUAAAGGAUGACACGGAGGAACUUUUGCAAGCUCAUUUUAUCUUUAAGAGCAACCUUGUAGGCUCUUUGAAUCAGAUAAGCACUAGCUUGUCUAUAUCUGUCAGUCAAAUUGUUGACGGUUUCACUGCUUGCCAGACAUGUAGGUGUCACGGCAUUGAGUUAGAUAACGCCACGAAGUAUAAAGUUGAGUGUCCUGCUUGUCCAAUUACUGGCCACAAUCUGGGAACCUCCGAUGUGAUUGAAAAUUCAGUGAGAGUUGGGGAUAAAACAAUCUUGUUUAUGCCCUCUUUUCAGAGCACAAUGAAGCUUCAUCAAGUUUCUUCACCCAUUGAAUUCAACAUUAUUGAGAGAACUGAUCUGGGGUCUCUAAGUGAAGGUGUUAUAUUUGGAACCUCAUAUCUUGUGGCUCCAUCAGCUUGCAAUGAGAUGGAAAGUUCUUCAGAUGAAAUGUAUCAAUCUGAAUUGAAUGCUCAACUUUUUCAAGAGAUUUGCAGCUCUUUGCAUUCAAUGGAUCAGGGCUUGGUAUGUUCUUCAUAUUGUAAUGUGGAGACCAUGCGGGUAACGGCAUUCCACUGCUUUUAUAUUCUACAGCCUUCCAAAAACGGACCAAUGCUUCUUAAGCGUCUUGCAGGGUUAGAGGAAGUCUUGCCUAUACCUGACAUCAAUCAAUUCAUUGCUUCUUCAGUGUCUAAGGAUAUUCAAAAUUCCAUUCAAGCUUCUCUACUAAAGAUUGAAUCGAGAGACUACAAUCCAGUCCAGCAUGAGAGAGGCUUCCAUCAAAAGCUGAAUUUGCUUGUAAAGGAGAGCUUACAAUUUGGGUCAAUUCUACCUAAACAGAAUGAGACAACAUCUGAACUGAACUCAAACCAACGAGAUUCUUCAGAAGUUAUUUUACAAUCUAAUUGUUUAACAGAUACUGUAGUCGUCGAAGAUGAUUCACCACUGUUCAAUCUGACAGCUAAAGAAGACAAAAGCACGUCUUCUGUAGCAGAAGAAUGGGAGCAGCUGGUUGUAAACGGAGCCCCAGAGAUAUUCUCUUCUCCUUGUUUUUCCAAGCCCAAGACAGAUAUAUUAGUUUUGUCUUCACCUGUAAGCAGUAAGGAGCUGGAAAUAAGAACUUCAAGGAUAUUAGAGAGACUGGAGGUGCCUAGAAAGCUGAAAACAAAGGUAACUUCACCCAUUGUUACAGGCAGCAUCCUCACAACAUGUUUGCCAACAAAAAGGCCUCUGAUCCCAUUCCAGCAGCCUUCCCAAGCAACGGACCAAAGCUUGACUUCAAGCCAGUUAUUGAGACCCAAUUUCCAGAGAAUAAAGAGGAAAAUUAAAUGAAAAGAAGGCUGUUCUUACUGUGGAACAGACCACAUAUAUGUGGUAGGUGUGUGCGUGCUCUUUCCUGCAGUCUUGCUACAUAAAACAUUUUGUUGUAUGAACUAUGCAUGAGGCGGCACUGUGGAACAGACCACAUAUACGAGGUACGCGUGUGCGUGUGCGUGUGCGUGCUUUUUACUGCAGUCAUACAACUUAAAACAUUUUGUUGUAUAAAUCAGAGUUUUUGUCAA